AUGUCCAAGCUUGAUACAUGUGACAGCCAAGGCAAGGGAGUCCCAGAGACGCUGGAGGCCAACCUGUUAGCAGACAGAAGUGCAGCUUUCGCGGAGGACCAGGACGAAAGGCUGGACCAGUGCGCUUACGGGGGACCACACCACAAACCCACCGGGUUGCUACACAAUGCGCCCUGGCUAGAUGAGGGCCGGUGCAGUGAGGUCAGAUUCAUUGCAGAGAUGAGACGCUCCGGAGUCAACGGAAUGACGUAUGCAGAAGAGAAAAUAGUGCUGCAGCGCGGCACCGACUACACAAGAGACAUCCUAGACCUGUUGGAGGAUGGCCCAUCAGAGGUGGAACUGUACACCGCAGAUUUUUUGGAUGCUUUCUUGAACCUACCCGUAGACCAGGAUCAGCAGAAGAAAGUCAGAGCAGGUCAAUUCACAGCCCGCAUACGACCCACUGGCUUGAUCCAUGCCAAAACUGUUCGCCUGCCCCUCGUGUGGAUGAAGCAAUUCCUGCAGGGCCUCCACGGGGGUCUCAGCUGGAACCGCUGGGUCUCGGAUCGCCAUGCGCACCCUCUGCAGUGGGUCGUGCGCGCCGACGAGUUCCAAAUAACCGCAGGAGAGCCAGGCCUGAUGGCAGUCUACCAGCUAUUGGCCCUGCUGCUAUCAUUGACGGUGUGGCAGCGCCUGUUCCGUCACUGCCGGCUGGGACUUCUGGUUCUGCUGGACAGUGAAUUUGCCCUUCGGGUAGUCAUCAAACUGGCGUCACCACACCCUGUGCUCAACCGGCUUGCCGCCGAGCUCGCAUUAUGCCUGGAGGACCUUCAAGCCGAGGCGUCGACCGGGCAACACUGGCGGAACACCGUCAAUAUUGAGGCGGACGCCCUAUCCCGACUUCAGGUGUACCUGUCAGCAGAGCUGUACCUGUCCGCAGCCAUGAUGAGGAAACAGAAGUCAGGAGCUUGGGCCGAUGGAAAACGGAAAGAGCUACGGUGGGUGCCCCUGCAGGGUUUCAGGACGGCCAUGCUGGAACACGGGAGGGGCCCCUCUGAGCAACACGAACUUCAGGCCCUUGGUGCAGGAAGGUCGAAUGACCGUCGGGAGGACCCGGAAGGCGAGGGGGAGGUUGGGCAAGACGUUGUCUUUGAGGUGGAGCCCAAUGGGGCUGGUCACCCCCAGGCGCGGAACAUGGUGUUGGCCACCCCCGCAGUGCUGGGCUUAGAGGAAGGCAUGUGGGACUACAGCGCCAGUCCUUGUUACGACGGCAGCAACAUGCAGUUAGACCAUAUCGUCUACGACUGUGCUCCAGAAGUUUCUCCACUGAAACUAA